UUACUCUCCACAAUCAUUGACUGAUCAUAUAUAUCCUUAUUACUUUCGUGCAAUGCUUGAGCCUGAUAAUCCUGAUGUUACUGUUGCUGCUUACAUCACACCAGAUCGAUUGGAUGAUUUAGUAAGAUUGGCUGAUAUGUGGAAAGGCACUGAAAAUGGGGAUGCUUUGGUCAGUGCACUACG